CCGAUCCCCCUGCCGCGACGCACUGGACCAGCCUGGAGUCAAUCAAUUCGACUUUGCCUUUUCCGCACUCCGCGUAUUAUUUGGGAUUCAGUGUGACGUUGUAGAACGGUUGCGGAUAAUACGUUCAAUUGCAGCUUCGAGGGGAAAACGUCUGUCUGAGUGAAAAUGAAUGUGGGUGUAGCACACAGCGAAGUAAACCCAAAUACAAGAGUUAUGAACAGUCGUGGAAUGUGGCUGACUUAUGCCCUUGGAGUUGGAAUGCUUCACAUUGUACUACUUAGUAUUCCUUUCUGCAGUGUGCCCGUAGCCUGGACUCUAACUAAUGUCAUUCACAACCUGGGAAUGUAUGUAUUUCUGCAUGCAGUAAAGGGAACUCCAUUUGAGACUCCAGAUCAAGGUAAAGCAAGACUCCUUACACACUGGGAACAGCUAGAUUAUGGCGUGCAGUUUACAUCAUCCCGGAAGUUUCUCACUAUAUCUCCUAUCAUCUUGUACUUCCUAACCAGCUUCUACACAAAGUAUGACCCAACGCACUUCUUCAUUAACACCACAUCUCUUCUCAGUGUCCUCAUUCCCAAAUUGCCACAACUGCACGGCGUACGAAUCUUUGGCAUCAACAAAUACUGAACAGGAAUCCUGGUGUUUCUUUCAAGCGCACACAUUCUUGGCUCUGGCUUUUUCUGUUCUAUUGGAAUGGGUAGCCUAUUAGGCCAUUAACAGUUUAUACAGAAAAGAUCUAGCUGUGUCUUCUUUGUAAGCUGUUUGGAAUCCACAUGGACUUUGAAAAGAAGGCUCCGCUCCCAGAAUGUAUUGGGAGUAGUAGAUGUCCUAGAAAGGUUUUCCUUUUAUUUGCUGGGCAGGCCCAGUAUUCACAUGACGUUUGCAGUGUAUAAACCAGACUGACCUAGGUUACAAAGGCGUCGGAUUGAACCUGUUGGAUCUAAUGGGGAAUUCAUAGAUACAUUUCUAAGAAGAAAUAUUUAUUUCAUUUUUUUUUUUUCUAUCAAGUUAAGCAAUUCCAUUUGUAAGGUGAAUCGUGUUCAGUUAUUAGUGUAGCCUUGUGCUGCAUGCUGUGUUGAUCCAUUAGCAGUGUCUUCUUUUCAUAUAGUUUAACUCCACUGCUUGGAGUGGGUGGCAUUUGUAUGCUUGCAUAUUUUAUGAUUAGCAAAAAAAAAAGCUUCAUGUUACACUUGCAACGUCAUUAAUCUUCAGGUCACAAAAC